AUGCAGUUGAUGUGUGUGGAUGGCCUCACCAGAGAGAAUGUUGCCAGCCAUUUGCAGAAAUACCGGCUUUAUCUAAGGAGGAUGCAGAUCAUGUCCAGUAAUGGAAGUGCCGUUGGCAACAAUGGCCCUGCAGCAUUGUCCGCUUUAGGUGUGGACCCUGCACCUGACCGUUUGUUCGCCAGCUCCCCUGUGCCUGAGCAUUUUUUGAACCCAAACAGGCCGAAUUCUGACCAUUUCAUGCCCUUCGUGCCGGUGGCCUCAAUGCAUCAUCAUCAUCCAAUGCCAGCAGUGGGGGCAGGGUCAGGUCCAGAGCUGCACCACCAUCCACAACAGUUUAGGCAUUUUGGGACUUCACGAUCGAAUUGGCAAUUUGAACAUCCCUUCAUUAGGCAGUCACAUCCAGUUCACAGCAGUAAUGGUUCUGUUAUUGCACCUCAUCUGGAGGAUUUGGAGUCCGCGACUCCUACAAAUGGGAAGAAAGUUCUCACCCUUUUUCCUACCGGAAAUUGUUAA